AUGCGUACCUACGAUGAUACCUUCUCCGGCGAGAAGAUCUACCCUGGAAAGGGCAAGCUCUACGUCCGUGGAGACUCCAAGAUCUUCCGCUUCCAAAAUGGAAAGACCGAAUCCCUCUUUCUCCAACGAAAGAAUCCCCGCCGCAUCGCCUGGACUGUCCUUUUCCGCAGACAACACAAGAAGGGUAUCUCUGAGGAAGUUGCGAAGAAGCGAUCCCGCCGAACUGUCAAGUCUCAACGUGCCAUCGUUGGUGCUUCCCUCGACGUGAUCAAGGAGCGACGAAGCCAGAGACCCGAGGCACGAAGUGCUGCUCGCGCAGCUGCCAUCAAGGAGGGCAAGGAGAAGCGAGCUGCUGCUCAGAGCGCAAAGAAGGCUGAGAAGGCGAAGACUGCUGCUAGUGCCGCCAAGGGAGGACUGAACUCGAGAGUCACAAGCAAGAUGGGUGCUAAGGGUGCGCCAAAGAAGGUCCAGGCCACCACCCGUUAA